GCGCGUGGGGUUGAAACGCUCAGUCGAAUCGCGACACCCUGCGUCGAAGGGUCGAGCGCGCGCGACAGAGUCGCUCUUCUCUCGUUGCUGACCGACGUCGGGGGAUCCCCUGUCUCCCCCGUGAGAGCUUGAUGUGCGCGGCAAACAGUGUUAGCCAUAGGCGUCACUUAUUUUCAUUUCUUUUCCGUGCGUAAUCCUUCGAGAGGAGGAGGGAAAACUCAACUGCUCACGAUCGACAGUCUUGAUAAAUUAAAAAAAGAACAAGGAUACCGAGGAGCUUGUCAGACGCUGAGACGCUGAGAGCAGGAAGUCGAGCAGCUGCCCGUCGUCGGCCGAGACGUCGGUUCGUACGAUGCGAGGAGAUUAAUUUCUCGACGAAUUACCAAGCGAGAGUGCAUCUUGCCGCAGAGCCGCGAUUCCGCUCCACGGUCAGUGCGUAUAUCCCGGAGAGUCCGAAGGCGAGCAUGAGUACCGCACAUGAAACCGGAGAGACAUUCCCGCCGAGGAGCCAGCAGUGAUACGAUUUCCCAGCGGCAGGGGCUACGAUCGCGGCAUGUCGACGAGCGAUCGCGCGCGCGGCUAAUCGGACGCGAGAGCGGGAGUCUGCUGCUGCACGUGCGUGGCCGCGUAUCCGCGACCGCGGUUGAGAGAGAGAGAGAGAGAGAUCGCACUGUUCGCCCGGUCGGGAUCGCACCGAGGUGGCCGCGGCUGGAGCAAGGUCGUGUCAGGGUCGCGGAAUCCUGGGGAGAAUGUGGAGGAAAGACGUGACGCUCGCCAGGUUGAUCGUCGCCACGCUGAUUUCCCUGUCGGACGGCACCGCCGCCGGAAGCUGCAGCUCCGCGAAGCUCUGCUGCCAGGGCAGGGACUCCGGCUGCGUCAUACAGAAGGAGUCGCCGAACGCGAUUAUCCAGAGCCCGCGCGACAAGCCGUGCUACUGCGAUCACGCUUGUCUCAAGCUCGCCGAUUGUUGCGACGAUUUCAAGGAGACCUGCGGCGUGGUGGACUGUGCGGUGAGCGAAUGGAGCCCGUGGAGCCCGUGCGAUAACGGAUGCGGAAGUGGCACUCAAAGACGCAGCCGGGUGAUCGAGAUCUCGGAAAAGAACGGCGGGAAGCACUGUCCUCGCUUGGACCAGGUCAGGACGUGCCGUAGUUUCCAGACAUGCCACGCCGGAAUUCGCUCGCAGCCGCACGCUAAAAGUGUGACGCUUCUUGCGCUCUUUCCGGGCGAAGGCAACAGCACGGAUGUGAGGAUCAAGGAUAGGACCGUCGAUAAAAGCGACAGCUGCGUCGCUUUUACCAUUGUGCGGGUCUCGAGGGCUUGCAGCAGGAUCUCGGAUUUGCUCUCAGAAGGUUCGCGAAUCUGCGUGGAGCGUCCCGGACGGAACGAGAGUCUCGACAGAUACGUGGGAAUCGGCAAGUGGAAGCUGUCGACCGACAUCGCCGGCAGCGGUCGUCGCGGCCGGCCGACUAAUUCGACCUGCCACGGCAAGUGGAUCGGCGAUUCGCGACUCCUGGUGGACUGUCACGAUCCGCGAUGCACGCAGACGAGCCGGCCGCCGCCGUACGCCUCGCAGUUGUACCGUGGCCGAAGUCGCAGGGGCGCGAUCACCCAGGCGGUCGUCGGCAACGCAGACGCAGACGACGGCGCGUCGAGGGUGCGGGACAGGCUGAUGAGAAGACGAAGGAGAGGCAGGCGACGGAAGAGGAGCCGGAGAAGAAGACGCGCCGCUGUCGCGGAACGGUGAACGUUCUCCGCAACUGUUGCCGCUCACGCCAGCGUCACUCGCGUUAGGAGUCACCUCCCCUUGCCGCCCCUUCUCUCCCCCAUGUCCUCACGUUGGUUGUUAUACAGGGUAUAUCGUAACACAGGACCCACUUCGGGGGUGGAUUCUCCUCCGAGGAACUCGGAGUCGACUUCUGCGUCGAUCGCGAAU